AUGCAGGGCAAGAAGCACGUCGGGUACUUUGUCAACUGGGGCAUCUACGGGCGCAAGUUUCCGCCCCAGAAAAUCCCCCACCAGCACCUCACGCAUAUCAACUAUGCGUUCGGCAACAUCAACAAGGACACGGGCGAGGUGAUCCUCUCGGACAAGUGGGCCGACGUCGAGAUCCACUACGAGGGCGACAGCUGGAACGACAAGGGCACCAACCUCUACGGCUGCCUCAAGGCAAUCUAUCUCCAGAAGAAGCAGAACCGCAACCUCAAGGUCCUUCUUAGCAUUGGCGGUUGGUCGUACUCGCCCAACUUUGCCAAGAUCGGCGACCCAAAGUGGCGCCAGACAUUUGUGCAGUCGGGCGUCAAGCUCGUCGAGGAUGUGGGCCUUGAUGGCCUCGACAUCGACUACGAGUACCCCAAGACAGCCGCGGACGCGCAGGGGUACGUUGCGCUCCUGCACGAGCUGCGCGCUGCCCUCGAGCAGCUCGCUCAGUCCAAGGGCAAGCCUCCGGGACAGUACCAGCUGACUGUCGCCGCGCCCUGCGGCAACGAGCAGGUCAGCGUCCUGCGCAUCCAGGAGAUGGACCGUGUGCUCGACUUCUGGAAUCUCAUGGCCUAUGACUUCGCCGGCUCGUGGGACUCGGUUUCAGGCCACCAAGCGGCGCUAUACACCGACAACCCGAACGGCAACAGCGUCGACGGCGCUGUACGAAAGUACCUUUCCGCCGGUGUCGCACCUCACAAGCUAGUGAUCGGGAUGCCGCUGUACGGUCGCGCGUUCAUGGGCACCAGCGGCCCCGGCCAGCCAUACAAUGGUGUCGGUGAGGGAUCGUGGGAAAACGGCAUGUGGGACUACAAGGACCUGCCGCGCCCCGGAGCAGAGGUUGUCAACGACCACCGGCUGGGUGCGUCGUACUGCUUUGACCGGAACACUGGCCAGCUCGUUUCGUACGACACCCAGGCCAUUACGCACCAAAAGGCAACCUAUAUCAACCAGAUGAAUCUGGGCGGCGCAAUGUGGUGGGAGCUCGACGCGGACAAGGACGAGGCGACGGGCCAAGCUCUCGUGCGGACCGCGCGCGAAGUGCUUGGCCAGCUCGAGUGGCGCGAGAACGAGCUCCACUACCCGGGGAGCAUGUACGAGAACCUGCGUAACGGGAUGAAUUAG